UUAAAGACCGCGGCACAAAUUAUUUAAAUUCGGCCUCAGAUUAUGCAUGACAAAUAUCUUUAAAGAGGUUUAAUGUUAUCUAGAGAACUUUUUUGUUUUUUAGAUUUAGUUGGUUCUUUAGAGGAAAACCUUCCUAAAAUUUAGAUCCUUCGAUCAAUGCAAUGUCAUGGCUUGAAAUCUACUAACCCUUGUGAAGACUGAAACCUUCUAAUAUGUCUUCACAGAAAAACGGAGCGGUGGCUUUCAUGAACCCCGAAGAAACAGAAACCCAAGAAACUCAGUUUAGAACCAGAAAUGAGUCAGAAACGUGCAGUUCAGGUUUUCCUGGGUGUCAAAGUGAUAUCAAUCGAAACAAAACAAGAGUUAGGAAAGAAACAGAUAAAAUUCUUGAGAGUGAGUGCAGUGCGUUCAACGGAGAAGAGUUUAAAACACGCAGUCAGAUCAUUCUCAAGAUGAUGUACUUUUUUCAAGUUUUGCCAUUUUAUCUUCUCCAGUUCUGUUCUGGAAUGAGCGUAGGUUACCCGAGUAUAUUAGUUCCUCAGCUAAUAGCUUCAAAUUCUACAGGAUUGAUAUUAGAUGAUUCAAGUAAGGGUUGGAUAGUCAGUCUGGAUUAUGUGAUGACAGCAUUGAUUGCCCUUAUAUCUGGCCAGCUUCAGACGAUGUUUGGACCAAAGAAGACUAGCUUACUCGCAUGUUUUCCUAUCUGCUUGUCUUGGUUUCUAAUGGCUGUAGCUCCAAACAUGCCGACCAUUUUAACAAGCAGGCUCCUUGUCGGUCUUGGUAACGGUAUCUUGACAUCAUCAGUCUACAUCGUUGAAGUUGUAUCUCCGGAUAACAGAGGCUCGGUUGUCAUGAUCGAAACAGCAUUUCGAAGUCUAGGCAUGAUUUUCGUCUAUUUGAUGGGAGCCCUAAUGGACUGGCAAACACUAGCCUGGAUUGUGGUACCUAUACCUAUAGUUGCGCUAAUAUAUGGACUUUUCAUUCCUGAAUCACCAAUCUACCUUUCACAGAGAAAAGGUUACACUCAGUUGGAGGAUGAUGCUCCCCCUCAGAACAUAUCUUGGAAGGAAACUAAGCACUCCCUCCAUCAUACAAUCCAAAUGUUUAAAAGAAGGGAGGUUAUUUGUCCCUUACUACUCCUAUUUGUAGUCCUUGUUGCCCAGCAAUGCUCUGCAAUGAAGGUGAUCCAGGGAUAUGCAGUAGAGAUAUUUGCAGAUGUAUUUAGCAAUGAAAAAAGCGGAGUCAAAGAAGGACAGUCUGUAGACACGGAUGCUUACUGGUCGGCUGUUAUCAUGGGUUCUGUCAGAUUAGUUGCAACUCUUUUAGCGGCUAAGUACAUUAGAAACUUUGGACGGAAAACGAUGUAUUUCCUCUCAGCAUUUCUAACCAUAGUGUUCGAGAUUGCUUUUGGUUUUAUAGACUUCUUUAACCUCGGAGCUAGAUUUAAGGCUUUACCGAUAAUCAUCAUUUCAUGUCAAGUCUUCUCUCUUCAACUUGGAGUUCAAACCUUUCCUAACCUACUUUCAGCAGAACUGUUUCCCAACGAUGCAAGAGCUCGCUGCAAAGGAUUGGUUAGAGCAGUUUCAUCUCUGAUGUCAUUUGCCAUGCUAAAGAUUUUUCCUUAUCUAGAAACCCAUUUCGGCCUUCAUGGAAGCUUCUGGACGUUGGCCGCCAUCUUGAUUCUCUCUCUUCCAGUUAUCUUUAUUUUUGUCCCAGAACCCAAGGAUAUCUCCUUGGAUGAAGUAGGACAGUUCUUUCUCCCUGCCAAGACAAUCUUUUAUUCGCAUAUACUCUCAUCAGAAGAAAUAGUGACACCAACUCCGGAGGAGAGCUUUGGUCGAAUCCGAAUGAUUGAAAACUGUUUUGGAAGCGCUGGAAGGAGAAUACAAGCAGAUCAUAGAAUACUGUUAGCGGAGGGUAUGCUGAGUAAAAAGAGUCAUGGGAAAACAAGAAGACGACAUUUCUUUCUUUUUAAUGACAUCCUGAUGUGGGGAUCCGUCCUGAGGGAAAAUCUUAACUUGAUCAGACAAAAAAUAGAAAAGCUUGAGAAUAUCCAAGUAGAGGAUAUCAAGGGUUCUAUAGCAUGGAGGAUUAUUACGCCAGGUAAAACUUUUCUGCUUGAAGCUACCUGUGAAGCGGAAAAACUUCAAUGGAUGAUGUUGAUUCACUACGCCAAGUUGGGUCGAGAGAAAACUGCAUCUACGCAAACAUCAUCAAUAGCGGAUACCCCCAAAAAAAUCCUUAAGGAAGACCCUGUGAUUCACUACGCAAAUAUUGCGACCAAUACUUCAAAUCUAGCAGUGAAUCAACUAUACCAAAUGUAUGAAAACGAAUCAAUCAAGAAAAUAUCGAAGAAAUAGUAGAUUUAUUCAUUAGUUUCUUAUAUGAUGAAUAUUGAUUUUACAGUCAUGAAAUUCUUUAAAUUUAAGAUUUUAUUCGAAUUUUAUAAUUUUAAAAUAAAAGUUUUAUUCCGCCUGGAAUAGUCCGUAUAUAGUAAAUUAUAAAAUUAAAAAAAUAGUUUUUUUCCUCUCAUAUUUCAGUAAGUUGCAUCUUAUGCAUGUGCUUGAUGUUCAUUUAUAAAUUACGCUUGAAAGUAAUUAUUUAAAAUCUCUUUAAGAGGAAAUGGGGAAAGAUUAGAUCUCAAAUUCAAGUACGCUUCAAGGCUAGGCUUUUCAUCAUUUUAAAUCAUGAAUUUAAAACUUAUACGUUUAAAGAUCAAAUCUUAAAAUUAAUUUAAUGGUUUAAUAAUUUGAUACUUAAGCAGAUCUUAUUGUUUUAUGUACAAACAUUACAGUGAUUAUUGUUGAAUAAUGAUAAAUUUAAAAAUUAUUGAAUACUGUUACAUAUUAAAA